AUGCUCCUGUCGUUGCACAUGAGGUGUACUGACCGCAUACAGGGCACCGACAUGGCGGAGCAUGUUCGUCGCGUGGGCCUCUUCGGCCCAGACCAGCCCGCCCUUCUGGAAGGCUACGAGGCCAACGCCCCAAUGGUCACUUUCAAGAACGGGAUGACCCUUCAUGUGGGCAACCACACCAUCGAGAUGAUUCACAUGCCGGGGCACACCCUCUACCAAGCAGCAGUCUGCAUCAAGGAAGAGGGUGUGGUGUGGACCAGCGACAACAUCUUCCGCAGCGUGCAGACUUGGAUACACGAGGGGAACCCCGACCUGUGGUUGACGGCUCUAGAGUCGCUGCGCAAGCUGGACGAGGACAUCUUCGUCCCCGGCCACGGCGAGCUUUGCGACAAGGGCUACCUCAACGAGCAGUCGGCCUUGGUGCAGGAGUGGAAAGAGUACGUCAAGAGCGGCAUCGAGCGUGGCAUGACCAAGGACGAAGCGAUUUCGAACCUCACCGACCUGACCGACCGCUAUCCCAUGGACGUGGGCCAGGAAGGCAUGGCCCCCGUAGUGAUGCGCAUGAACGUCGCCAAUUUGUACGACUAUCUCACGGGCAGCUGGCCAGCCCCCUCUGCCCCCAACUUCGCCACCUUCGCCAACUGGCCGGGCUCCAGUUCUGGCGGAAGGUAG